CGCCCAUAAUUAUUGGCUUGAGUAAGUUAAGUGUACGUGUGGGUGUUGGACCUAGAUAUAAUCUAGAUCUAGAAAAGGCUUCUUUAAUAUUGAUAAUUAUUAUGACUACCAUGAGUGAUUCGGAAGAUUUCACUGGGCUGGAACGUGCCAAACCGAGUGUCACGAAGGCCAGUCUCUCGUUUCUACUGGAUGGUAUAGAUCCGAGAGAUCUUGCUGCUGAUGGCAUCUCUAUGAUGAGCUUUGCGUCCUGUGCUGACUCUGAAAUUGGCGGCGGGACGAGAGACUUGCCAACCUGUCAGGAGUUAGCCAUAGAGGGAGAGAGGCUCACUAAACAGGGAGACCACAAACAAGCCAUACCGCUACUCGAGUCUGCAUUAGAAUUGGGUACAGAUGAUCUCCAGCUGCUUAGUGUGCUAUGGAGCUUGCUUGGCAAUGCACACUUCUAUUUGGGAGACUAUGAGAAAGCUGCUCUUUGCCACCAGCAUGAUCUAGCCAUUUGUAACGAGCUUGGAGAUGAGAGGAAUCAAGCUCAGGCUUACUGCAAUUUGGGCAUAGCCAAUCGCAAAACAGGUUAUUUGCAAAGAGCUAAGCUCUGCUAUGAGCGAUAUCUAGACAUCAGCGAAAAAAUUGAAGACAAUCGCUCUAGAUCCAAAGCUCACCACAAUCUCGGCGAUCUCCACCUUACGCUUGGACGCCUUAAACUGCAAAGAGAAAAGAAACUAAAUCAGUCACCUGAGGCCAAGGAGCACCUGUUGAAGGCAGAGGAAUAUUUCUUGAAACAUCUUGAAUAUGUCCGAGAAACACAAAACAAGUCAGCCGAAGCACGGACUCAUGGCAGCCUGGGUUAUGUGUACGAGCUGCUGCAGGACACAGACAAAGCCAUUGACCACUAUGAGCAGCGACUAAGGAUAUCGGUUGAGACUGCAGAUAAGGGUAUGGAGGGACGGUCAUACUGCAGCAUAGGAAACUGCCUCAGAGCUCUGGUUCAGCUGGAAAAGGCUAACGAGUGUUACAUUAGGGGACUAGCCAUUGCUGGAGAGCUUGAAGAUCAGCUGGGGGAGGGAGUGAUCCACCAUAACAUGGGUAUGACCUAUGAGAUGUUAGCCAACCUUGACCAAACACAGGAGCAUUUUGAAAAGGAGCUAGAGCUGAUGAAAAGAGAAAACAAUCUGUAUGGGCAGGCACUGGCACUCAAUAACUUAGCCAGGACCUACGAAUAUCUAGCUAACUUGGCAAAAGCUGGAGAAGCAUUGGAGGCUCUAAUUUCUGUUCAAAAGAAACUGAAGCAGAGAGCAGAAGCAACUGAAACCACGACACGACUAGAGCUGAUAAACCAACUAAAAGAGACAGAAAGAUCCAAAACCGGGAGUGCUGGCCUCAAAGGUACAUGGAAGAAACUCAAAGGGAAGAAAAAGAAGCAGAGAAAUAUGACUGCUCCUGAGAUUAGCUCCCAGACAUUAGCUGAGGCUGCCAAGAAGUCUCAAGCAUUAGCUACUGUGAGGGAGGAUGAGAGAAAUAAAGGCAAGGGAGCUAUCGUUGGAAAGUGGUCAAAAAAAGACAGUGUAAACGCUUCUACGGGGGAGCCCAACUCAUCCCCCAAGCUGCGAAGAGUAUCAAUGGAUACUAGCAUCCAACGUCCAGCCAGUCAGAGCAGUAAUGAGGAUGCCAGUCAUGUCAAUCUAAAGCUCCCACCAUCCGUGGACCACUUUGAUACGCAGUCUGAGCCUACACAAACACCAACUCAUGUGAUAACCACACCUCCAAAAUCAGCCGACAUUGUUAUCAUUGAGCAGUUCAGCUUGUCCCAGGUAUCUGGUAAAAUCUCCAACCACUCUCUCUCCCAGCAGUCCUACACAGGCCCAGAGGAUCAGUACAGCACACAGUCAUCCUCCGAUAUCCCAAUAAGUACAUUUGAUCAAAGUGGGGAUGACGGCCACUUCAAUCGAGGAUAUAUGUCAGACCACCAUCAGAUCCAAGAAUGGCCAGAGGGCGGGUCUGGUGACCUGGAAGAGGAGGCAUACAAGAAAGGAUCGCUAAAGCUGUAUUGGGAGUUUGGAGAUAAGCAGCACAAACUAAACUUGCAACGAGUAAAGGAGUUCCUCAAGUCCUCUGGUGAAAAUGAGCCCGUAGACUUAAGUGUGUUGCUGGACUGGGAAGGCUGGAUGCUUGCCGCCAAAGAGAUACCAAUUGCCACAAAAUCGAAGGAAUCGCAUCUAAUUUAGUUUCUCAUCACAAUCACGUCUCAAACACAAGGUAACAAUGAAACAACUGGUUCUGUUCCUUGGCAGAUCAAUUUUAUUAUUAUUGUAAGCUGACCUUUUUUUAAAGCAAUUAUCAAUAGAAUAAUUAUAAUUUUUUUAUAUAUAUAUACAUGUAGUAUAUAUAAUAUUAGACUAGAACUUUUUGUACGACAUGUUUUUAUUCAAUGUCACACUGUUAG